CGUCACAAGAAAAAAGAAAACUCCCCUUAAACCCCCCCGUUCUUUUCUUUUCUCUAUUUGCUCUAAGCAAAAACCACCACUCCACACCACACCACCACCAUGGCAUCAAGAGCAAAAACUCCCCUUAACACUCUCUCCUCUUUCACAUUCACACUCUUUCUCUCAUUCUCUCUCCUCCAACUUUCUCUCUCCUCCCCCACCACCAUCCACGACCUUCUCCGCUCCAAAGGCUUACCACCGGGGCUCCUCCCGGAGGAGGUGAAAUCCUACACCUUCUCUGAAACUGGGCACUUGGAAGUGUUCCUGGACGCACCGUGCCUCACCAAAUACGAGAACAGAGUCCUCUUCGAACAAGUCGUCACUGCUAACCUCACCUACGGAAGCCUCAUAGGAGUGGAGGGUCUCCAGCAAGAAGAACUCUUCGUGUGGCUACCUGUCAAGGACAUUAUCGUAAAUGACCCCUCUUCCGGGUUGAUACUCUUUGACAUUGGCCUCGCCCACAAACAGCUCUCGCUCUCCCUCUUUGAAGAUCCACCUCACUGCAAAAAUCAAGGUGGGUUGAGGAAUCAUGUGAGGAAGGAAAAAGGUUUCUUCGAGGCCCUGAGGUAGAAAAAGAUGCCACCUUAUUUUUUUCAGGCUUCACUUGUUGUCUUUUUCUUUGGUCAUGUUUAUAUAAAUUUUAGCCUUGCAAUAUUAUUGCAACUAUAUAGUAGUCAUAUGAAUUAAUGGAAGUAGGUGCUUGUAGCGUAGAGGUUGAGCAUUGUAAAAAUGUGAGGAGAGAGAGAGGAGAACAAAAGAAGAAAAAAAACUAUGGAAUCUGAUAAUGUCGUAAUCAAAUUUAACUUUUGUUCAUUGUGUUGUUCUGUUUUGAGAUAAAAAGAUAUGAUAAUUGUCAAAGCAAA